AUGUCAAAAUUACUUCUUAUCAUUACUUAAUUUUAUUUAAUAUCUCUUUUAUUGAAUUCAUCAAUAGCAUAGUAAUCUAAUAACUGCUCACUUGGCUGUAUUUAGUGCUAAGCUUCUCCUUUUACACCUUUAUAGUCAUAAUGUACUUUAUGUGAUGAUGGAUUCACUCAAAAUAAUAAUCAAUGCUAGUUUUAGAAAUGCCCUUCCAAUACAUAUUUGUAAAGGUAUUCUGUACAGAAAAAUGGCCAAUACUAAAAUUUAGAUUCUUGCUAAGCUAUUUGCGAUUUUUCAUAUAAUGAAAAUACAGCAUAAAAUACUUGUGAUUAAUUACAAAAAUGUACUGUUUCAUACUAAAGUAAUUAAAGUGUCAUAAGUCUAGAUGAAAUUUAAUAUACUGUUAUCCCAUUUAACUAGAAAAAUAUAUCUCAUACAAAUAAAAUAAGCAGUAUGGCCUAUUCUGAAGACUCUCUUUACCUAUUAACUUGUUCUUAAGAUGGCUAUAUAAUGGCAUGGUACACAUUAACAAGUUUAAAUCCUUCCUUCCUCUAUAUGAUUAAAUAAAAUAAUGAAUACUGCAGAAAAAUCUUAAUCCAUUAGAAUAAUUGGGCAGUUGCUCUAUUCUCUCGUUCUAUUAUCAUUUUCUAAAUUAGAAAUUAUAAUAUCCGCUACACUUACCCAUUUACUAAUCCACCCACAGACUUAUCUCAAUUUAUUGCUCAAUCCUAUAAUCAUAUUUUUUUAUUUUAUGACAGCAAAUUUGUAUUAAUAAAUGCAAAUGAUAUUAGUUAAAUUACUAUCGCAAAUUAUUUAGACAGUUAAAUAGUUCAAAUUUUUCCAGUUUCUGACACAAAAUUAAUAAUUUAAAAUAUUAAUAACCAGCUUUAAUUAUACCAAUUUGAUGAAAGUUAAUAAUACUUAUUUUAGUAAGUUUAAAAUAUGUAUUAUUAGAGUACAUAUGGUAGCUUCACUUAUGUUGAAAUAGAUAUGAUAUCUAAUAAUGACUUUGAAAUAAUGGUUGGUUGUUUCAACAAUGCAUUUAUUAUACUCAAUAGUUAAUUUUAGCCAUAACUAAUUCACAUAUUAUAAAAUGGAUAUCCUUUUGAAAUAAAAAAAUUUUCUGACAAUAACAUAUAUAUAAUAUUUGGAUUUAAUGCUAUUGCAACUACUAAAUAUUUUCACUACGCUGUUUUUAGAUCCUCAAAUAAAGGUAUUUUGUAUAGUACGAGUUUUAAUCUGCUUUAUAAUCUAGGACUUCACGAAUUUAUUGAUUAUUAAAAAAACACAAAUAUUCAAUAUCUAUGUACUCUACCAGUUUCAACAUUUACAAUAAUUAUAAGAGGUAUGUUUCUCCCUUAAUCUUUAUCUUUAAGCUAUUAUUAUUUUACUUAUGCAUUUGGAAAACCUAUUUCAAGCUAUUAAAUUAAAGAUAAUGGGAAUAUUCAAUAUUAUGGUAGCCAAGAUGGAAACCUAAGCUAUGACUCAGUUAAUUAUCUUGUUUAUAACUAAUUGAAACUUAAUCCAUAAGUUAUUCUAGGAUCUGUUAGCUCUGUUUAGUCCAGUCCUUCAUUAGAAUUAAUAUUUGUUGUUCAUUAUCAAGUCGAUCUUCACAGUAUUUAUACCUAUUAGUACGAAAGUCAAAUAACAUUUAGUAGUUAAUAUGACAAAGAAAAGAGCUUGAAUUAAAUUUAACAAAUUUCAGGAGUCUACAUUGAUGAGAAUGAUAAAAUCUUCUAUCUCUAUGGAAGUACUCUAAGAAUUUACAAUUUUGAUUUAUCUUAAAUAGUAGAGGUUACAAAGGAAGGCUCCAAAAGUUAUUAGCAGUGCAUAAUUACAAUUAAUUUGAUUAUUUGUAAAAGCAACUUUAACAGUCUGUCUAUUUACAAUAAAAAGACAUACUCAUAAAUAGCUAACACAUUAAUAAUCAAUUAAGAUUAAACUUUCAAAGUAUUUGUAGAUGAAACAAAUAGUUUAAUAUUUUUAUGUACAACAUUUGUGCAAGUGUUUAACUUUAUAGGCAAUCAAAUUAGUCAAAUAUAAUCGAUUAACUAUAAUAUUAUUGAUUUAUAAUUUUGGGGAAAUACUAUUGCGAUCUUAACUAAAUAGAUUAUAUUCUUUUAUCAAAGGUAGACUCUCUCCUUAAUUUCUACUGCUUAACCUAUUGGAGGAGGGAAUAUACUUGGAUAUUAUUACAUACCUGACUUUAAUACAGUUGUUUAUUAUGCAGAUGAAAUAAGGUAUGGCCAAUUAUUUUAUUAUAAUUUAAACACAUACUAAGAUGAUGGUUUUAGUAUCAGCUCUUACACUGAGCUAGGUUUGGGUUAUGUAGUAGAUUUGUUUUACGAUAGCUAUAACUCCCGUUUAAAUUAUUUAGAUAGUGUGGGUUUGUUUUAUAGUAUUCUUUUAAUAGGUCAAAGAAGGUAUUAUAAUGCAAUGAAAUUUUUAGAAUUUUCAUCUUUAGGGGUUCCUUCAAAAAUAUUAAUUGUACAUGCUAAUAAUAAUUUAUUUAUCUACAAUUCGAAUGUAAUUCUUUACUUUAAUUUCAAUGAUAAUUAAAAAUCAACAAUUUCUUAAAGAGCAAAAUCAGUUUAGUUCUUCUUUAAAUACUAAACUCCUUCCUCAAACGAUUUGUCUCAAAUGUUGUAUUAUGUUUUCGAUAGCAACAACAUUCUAUACUUAUAUAAAGAUUAUAAUCAAGUCUAUAUAACAUAUUUUACUGAACCAGUAAGAGAUGUUAAGUAGAUAGACGAGUAUCAGAUAGUUACUUUAAUUUUUGAUCAAAAAAUAUUAAUUUAUUCUCAAGAAUAAAUUUCAAAGUAAUAGAUCUCUUCUUCAAACUACAUUGCAGUCAUAAAUGAUCAUAAAAUUAGGAGAUUUUUAACUAAUUCCCUCAUACUUACUUACGAUUAUCGAAUAAUACAUAUAAAUUAUCUAUUCUACUUAGAUGGAACUAACAAUUGGAUAAAAUACGCAACAGAGUAUAGUUAAAAUUAAGAAUAUUUUAGAAACUAUAUUACUUAUGGUUUAAUCACUUAAUAAAAAACAAUAUACUCCUUAGGUUCAGGAAGAUUAAUGAUAUAUGAUGAGUCUAAUUAAACCUUAAAAUAAGCUUUACCUGCUUGGUAGUCUUAACAAAAUGUUGAAACAAAUUAUGUGAAAUACUUUUCAUUAACCAGCAAUUAUAUUGUCUUAGGAUAUUAAAAAAAUUUUAUAACAAUAAUUUCUAGAUCAGGCUUUUCUAUCAUUAAGCAGUAAGAUGUUAGUGCUUUAACCUAAUAAAUUCUAAGCGAAUUGAGCGUUUUAUUUGUAGAUGAAUAAAACAAUAGAGUAUUUGCUUCUUACAUGUAUUAAAAGUUAAUAUAUGUGCUGGAUCUAUAAUCGCUGUCUUUCUUAAAAUACUUAAAUUUCCCUAAUAAUUAAUACAAUAGGAUCGCUAACAAUAAUAACUUAAUUUUUCUCUAUUCAAAUUCUCAAGUUAAUAUUCACGAAAGAGUAAGUCUACAGUAUUUAAAUUUUAUUAAAAAAAAUAACCAACUUAACUAGAUUUUGAAUUUUUUAAUAGUUGAUGAAAACAAAAUAAUAUUACCUAUGAAUACUUAAAUUGAAAUAUAUUUAAUAGACAAAUAAAGUAGUACUAGUAUAAUAGACUCUUCUCUUUAUUUAAAUUCUGAAAUAAUGAGUGCUUAUAUGUAGCCAAAUGAAAGUAAUAUUUUAAAAAUUAUUGGAGUUUCGAAAAAUGGAAUUUUCGAAAAGAGAAUUAAUAUCAUGAUUACAAGCUAGUAAAGUUCAUAUUCCACUACAUCUAACUAACAAAGGUACUCUUGCUAUUCAUAAAUUAGUAUGAUUAAUAGAAUUGAUGGCUUAAAAUAGUUUUAUUUAUCUUAUAAUCAAAAUAUUUAAAAUAUGGAUUACAGAAUAAUUACAACUUUUGGGAAUGAUAUUAAAUAAAUAGAAUUUAUCUAAGAUCCCAACAUUGAAGUGGUAAUUGCUCCAGAUAUUUAAAAUUUAAAUUAAACUUUAAACCUUAACUUAAACACUUUUUAAACUAUUCAAAGAGCUUAAGUUUAUAUCCAAAAUUUCUCUUUUAUCUUUAAUAGUAACAAUUAGCAAUAUCUGUUUUCAAAUUCUACAAAAUCAGUAAAAUGGUAAAAUAUUGUAAUAAAAGACUAAAACCUUUAAAAUAAUCAGAUUUUAUUUAGAAAUCUUUCUGAUGUAUCUAUAACUAAUUUAACAGUAGAAAAUGUAAUAUUUAACUAAAAUUAUAAUGAAAGUGAUUAGUUGAGUACAUGGAAUGAAACAUUACUUCUAUUUUCUGACUGUAAUAAUAUCUAUCUUAAUAAUUUAACAAUUUAAAAUAUAAAUUUAUGGCAGAGAUCUCUCUUAUUUGGAUUUUUGAGAGUAAACUAAAUAUAAAUAAAUAAUUUGACAAUCAUAAAUAGCAAUUUCUAUUAAAUCAUGGCAUUUUUAAAUGGAUAAAACAUUAAAAUUAAUUCAAUUAAAAUGGUAAAUAAUACAAAUUCUCAAAGAUUACCUUAUGGAGCUGAAGCUCAAAAUAGCUAUGACUAAAUAUAGGAUGGAAGUGAACAUUUUGCUGUAAGUAUUGUUGGAUACUAAAGUACGCUACUAUAAGGAAUAAAAUUCAUAUAAAAUUAAAAUAUUCUAUUUCUAAAAUAUACUAAUACCUUCAAAAGCGAAAGAGAAUAAAUUACUUUGUUUGAUGAUUAAAUUUAAAUCUAAAAUUUUGUAAUGUUGUAAACUAAUACUUCUUUGGAUAAUUCAAUAACCACCUCAAAAUAAAUAAACCAAGCUUUAAUUAGUAUUUAAUCUACAUAAAUUAGCUUUACUAAUUUAAACUAUAGCUAAAAUUAAGGAAACAUCCUUAUAUAAAAUUCAGAUGUAAUAAAUAUAUAAAAUUCUGUCUUUUAAAAUAAUACAUCUCUUGACGGAGGAGCUCUAUAAUUUAAUUAUGCAAAUUAAAUAGCAAUUAAUAAUUGCUUAUUUAAUUACAAUAUUGCGAAAGGUUCAGGCGGAGCUAUAUUCUUAAGAGAAGUCAAAAAACUGAAUUUCGAUAAUAAAUCAAAUGUUUCUUUAAAUUUUGCUGAAAUAGGUGGAGGAAUAAGAGUCAUAUCCUAAUAAUUUGACCCAAAAUAAACCAUUAUAAAUUAAUCUAGAGUUAGCUAAAAUACUGCACUCAUUUAUGGAAAGGAUAUAGGAUUAUUCCCAUUUAAAAUUACUUUAAAUUCAUAAUAUCAGAAAUUGAGAUAAUUGCAAUAAGAAGAAAAUCAAAAAGAAAGAAAAAACUUCGUGUUUAACAAUAAAUAUUUUGAAAAAAAAUUUUCAGAUAGAAUUUUAGGUUAAGAAAAUCUAUUUAUUGAGUCAUUCAGAAGUGGUAAUUUUUUACCAUUAAGUAUUCAAUUCGUAGACUAAUAUGACUAAUUAGUUUAAUUUUCUGUUUAAAAGUUAAAAGAUGAGCUUUAUCCUUCUAGUGUAUAACAGGAAUUAAACUCUUUUCAGAUUGAAAUUACUGCCGAUGAUUUAAUUCAUUCACAGGCUAUUGGUUAAACUUUUGUCAAUUACAAUUAGUAUAAUGAAGACGAAAAAAUAUUUAAAUUUACUUCUCUAUAAUUAAAUGCACAUCCUUUAUCUACUUAAUCAUUUUUAAUUAAGGUUAUAACUAAUUCGUUUUUACAAUCAGCUUAAAUUAAUUUAAAGCUAAACAUCAAAUUUCGUUAAUGUUAGAGAGGUGAGAUUUUUAAAGUAAUAAAUGAAAAUAUUUAAAUAUGUGAAGUAUGUUAAAGUGGAUUUUAUUCUUUAAUAGAUCCUUAGUAAAGUUAAAAUUAAACUUUUUCUUGUAUAAAAUGUCCAUCUUAAGCUACUUCUUGUUAAGCUGAUGCAAUAAUUCUUAAAGAUGGUUAUUGGAGAUUGAACGAUAACUCUGAUGAAAUAUUGGAAUGUGAUGAUUUUACUUCAACUAUAACAUGUAGAGAAAAUAACUCUGAGAGUAUUUAAGGUUGUAUUAAAGGGUAUAUAGGUCCUUUAUGCUAAGAAUGUGAUUAUGAAGGUAAAGUAUGGAAUACUAGAUAUAGUUAAUCUUCAUUAAAUUAGUCUUGCAAAGAAUCUUUCACUCUACUAGUACUUAUUUGCGUUACAUGA